UGCCACACUUUGUUUAGAAGCCCCGUAAUUCACCUCCUCACCAUCUCCGCUAACCCUUUCUCUUUCUCUUUCGAACAGUGCCUCCAACAUUGGGCCUAGCGAGAAAGCCUGGCACUUUCUCACAUUAGGAGGGUUUCCAAAAACCGACUUUACAUUUAAAUUGCUGCUCUUUUGGCACCAUUGAAGACAUCGGCACGCUUCAUAAUGUUGACAUUGUUUUUCUUCAUUGUUCUCGCCGGGGCUGCUCGGUCGAGUGAUGUGAUAGAAUUCUCUGAUGACGAUUUCGACAGUAAAAUUGGAGACCAUGGGAUGAUUCUCGUGGAAUUCUUUGCGCCAUGGUAAGGUCUACAGAAACGCAUAGCUAACUAGCUAGCUACAUUCUGAGGCUAAAUGGUUACAACAUUAACGUUACAAUGUUGUCUCCAGUGAACAGACACCGUUAGCUAGCUAGCUCUACUGUUCAGUUACUCACGCAAGAGGAAUAAAAAAUAAAAAGUUAAUGCUCCUUAUAAUUGAAUAGUUCUUUGACUUUCUGGCUAUCAACUAACUUAACUAGCCACUAGCUAACUAUGUCUAUUUUAAGUUAGAAAAGUGUUUGUUUCUCCAAAUUAGCUACCUACUUAAUGGUUAGCUCACAACAUUUGCUAACAAGUUAGGAAGUGAAUGUCAAAUUAGCCACAGCCUAGCCAUAGUGACUCAUUUCUGCUACUUAUUUCUUACAUGCACUUUGCUAGCUACAUAACGUUGCUCGUUAUCAAAGAUCAUAUGUUAUACUAGCUAGUUGAGGGUCUCAGAAUGGACAUGGUUAGUAGGUAACUAAGUUGGCUACUUUGGAUGUGGCCUGGCAAGCCACAAUGUUUCAUGUAAUAGAAAAUUGCAUUUUAUUUCGUAGAGUUUACUCAAAUUUAACUUGUCUAAUUCUCAAACUUAGCUUGGAGGCUAUUAGCGAGCUACUGUGGGUUUAAAUCACCCCUUACAAGUAAGUUGGAGGCUUGGCAUGCCACUUUUGUAACCUUAUGAUUGGCCAGUGAAGUUUGGGUGGCUACUCCUGAUUGGUCCCCAGAACAGUUAGCAGGCAGUUCAAUGCUGUCAAACUUGAACAAGACUUCCUCAGAUAAAAAGAACAAUCUAUCCUUUUCAAGAUGGCUGAUAAGAUUUGAUAACUGAAUUCACAGAUUUGUAUUUUACAGCAAUGAUGUGGAUUUCCUUUUUCCUCAAUAAUGCGGCUGCAUUUAUUUGAACAUCAAUUUACAGUCAUCCAUUUGAUCCAUCACGGUGGUAUCAAAUUCCACCUAACUUUAACUCCCACCCCUCUCCUCUAGAUUUCAAACUAAUGUCUGAAUGGUUCACUGCCGCCAGAGGCAACGUAAGGGUCAAGAUUUUAUGUUUUACAGAUAUCAGUUUACCUCACUUGUGUCCCUUAGGUGUGGCCAUUGUAAACGACUAGCUCCAGAGUUUGAGGUGGCAGCCACACGUCUGAAAGGCAUUGUCGCAUUGGCCAAGGUACUUUAGUCACUUAAUGCGCCUAACAUUUGUACAAUAAAAUGUUACCUUUGGAUUACAACAGGUUGUGUGAAAUCCCCAUACUGAUGUAAAGACAGCCAUGUCCACAAGGUUUAUAAACUGAGUUAGUUGCCAAGUUUGUGCUCUUUGUCCCAUCCACUAAGUAAUGGCCACCUGUCAUUAUGCUUUAGGUCGACUGCACGGUCCACAACAAUGUGUGCCAGAAAUACGGAGUUAGCGGUUACCCAACACUGAAGAUCUUCAAAGACGGAGAGGAUGCCGGUGCCUACGAUGGACCCAGAACUGCAGGUAUUUGGACUUAACAUGCCGUGUCUUGACCUGAUGAGCUUAGAUACAAAAGCAUAAUAACUGCCUGUCAUCCACCUAUUGUAUGUUUUGACCCUGUAUUUCAAUGGUCUCUCUCUCUCUGUCAGAUGGGAUUGUGAGCCAUCUGAAGAAGCAGGCUGGCCCAUCUUCCGUGGAGCUCAAGACCGAGGCAGAUUUCACGAAGUAUGUCGGAGACCGUGACGCAAGUGUUGUGGGUAGGUUUUGCCUUGGAAAGUUGACCUCUGCAUAAAUAAACAAAACUAAGUGACUGAGUAAAGUAUUUCUACUUUUGCCUUUGUCGUCAAUGAUAUUUGACUGUAUGGCGUAUUUCCUGUGUUUGUCCAGGUUUCUUUGCUGACGGUGGAAGCCCAGCCCAAGCAGAGUUCCUUAAGUCGGCCAGUGCCCUCCAAGAGUCCUUCCGCUUUGCACACACCAACUCUGGGGAGCUUCUCCAGAAACAUGGCAUUGAGGGAGAGUGAGUUCUCCUCUUAAAAUUGUGUUGUUUGCCUCCUUAAAGGCAUAGUUCACUCAUAGAAAUUAACAUGAUUUCUCCACUUACCUUAUAUUAGGGGGUAGACCAGCUUUAAUAUUGCAGAUUGUGGCUUCGAUCAAUGUAAUUGCCUGCAUCAUUUCCAAUUCCCCUAUGUUUUGUGUGUGUGUAAAUUAUUAUUAUUAUUAUUAUGUUCCCCUAACCUUACCUCCCCUCCCCUAGUUGGAGUAAACUAAUGGACAACAACACUUAGGCUUCUACUUCCAGCUUAUACAUACUAUAUACAUUUUACGGACCCAGUAUUUUUGCAUUAGUGAUCUUAUGUUUUUAGUCCCAUCCUUCAGCUGCCCUCAACCCCUCCCAUUUUCUCUGAAUACCAUCCAGAUUAUUUGCUAUGUAUUUAUCAACUGUGCUGUGAUGUUUCACAAAAGUUCUGAACCUUUCUAUUCGCAUAGUUUCUACAGAUAGUAAAUUAAAUAGGGGGAAAAAAAAUCGGAGUAUUAUUGAUCGUUUGACUAUGACUUUUCAAAUCACUCAGCAUUGCAAUUUGCACAGUUGGCUCCAGGUAAUUGUUGCAAUUCUUCAGCCAUUCCUGAACCUGCGACCAAAAACAAGCUACAUAUGGACAGUACCAAAACAAAUGAUGUAAUGAUUCUGACUCUUCGCAGCUAAAUCUGCAGAGCUGGGAUGGUUGUAUCCCCCAUAUAUAUAACAUUCCAUUGGUUGCAAGAAUUUUGUAUAAUUUAUAUUGAAAAACUCAAAGUUUUUAAUCUGGCGUCGUUUUGUGUAUCAGUUCAUAAACCAUGUUUGAGUGUCCUUACUUGAUGUGACCUGAUCUGACUGCUUGUGUUCUGUUGUAUUGCAGGGGAAUCAUUCUGUUCCGUCCACCACGCCUCAACAACAAAUUUGAAGAGAGCAGUAUCAAGUUCAGUGAGGACAAGUUCACCAACACCAUGAUCAAGAAGUUUAUCCAGGACAACAUGUGAGUUUUACCACCUCAAUAUUUUCUCCCUCGUGUGGCCGGCAGUGAUAAACCAUAGGCAGUUUGAAUAGAUUCUUGUUGUUAGCAUAUUUAAUUCAUUCUUGGGAGAUGCAUGGACCAGUUUCUCUGUCAAGAGCAGCCCUUAUCUCUUCUUUUUUUUUUUAUCCCACUGUCAAGAGGGAGGGGAUGGUGACAUAUUUUGAACAAGUUGUACCUCUUUUACGCUGCAUUUUGGAUGCUGACAUUAAUGAAAGGAGUUGUACCUCUUACACUGUUUUUUUCUCUCUCCAUCAGCUUUGGAAUGUGCCCCCACAUGACUGAUGACAACAAGGACCAAAUGAAGGGCAAGGACCUGCUGGUGGCCUACUAUGAUGUGGACUAUGAAAAGAACCCCAAGGGCUCCAACUACUGGAGGAACCGGUAGGGUCCCUAAUAAAUAACACUUAUUCCCAGGAGGGGACCUCCUUUUCUGUCUCACGUGCUACGUGUGUUAAUGUAUUUUCUCCAGAUGUCAUUCCCCAAGACUAAACCUCAUUUUGUGUACUCUGAAUGCCGGAUUCCUGGACACAGAUGGAAAAGCAUGUUCAAUGGAGUUUUGUAACAGAUUUGCAUACAAGUGGACUCUUUGGGAUCCAUGACAAAAUGUUCCAAUGCAUUGUUGUAUGAACCCAACUCCCUCUCUUCGCUGUCUAUAGGGUAAUGAAGGUGGCCAAGAGCUUCCUGGACCAAGGAAAAACGCUGAACUUUGCCGUGGCCAACAAGAACAGCUUCAGCCAAGACAUCGCUGAGAUGGGCCUGGACGCCAGCUCAGGAGAGCUGCCCGUGGUUGGCAUCCGCACUGCCAAGGGAGACAAAUACGUCAUGGCAGAGGAGUUCUCGUAAGUGUCACUCACCAUGCAACUCAAAAUGGCACUUCGGACAUGGUAUCCCUUAUGUUAGGGUGACGUAGAACUGGGCAAUAUGGACAAAAAUGCGAUAAAUUACGAUUAUUUUUUGGGGAAGUGCUAGAGCUGGGUGAUAUGGACAAAGUAAUAUCGCGAUAAAUGUAACUUUUGCUCGAUAACAACAAAUACCAUAAACAUUUAACUGACAGUUGCUUUAUAUUGCAAGUGGCAGGGCUCUAGACAAAAAUGUUUCCAGUGCCAAGUAAGACAACUGAGAUGGUAGCCUAUGAUAAAAAAAAAAAAAGUAAGCUGUUUCAUCUAACAAAUCUAUGAAAUGCAUCAUUGAUAUUUUUAUGUGCAACCUGUCAAAAUAGGAUCCAGAAUUAUCCGAUUUUUGGCUCUUCAGAGAAUUUGCUGACGUCUUUGUGCAUAUUGACCUAAAGGCUAUAUUAUUCACCAAGUGGGAACUCAAAACACUUAGCUAGAUUGCUAAGUCUAAAUAUGGUAUUGUUGCUUAAUUUAUGAAUCUAUCAGUAAAUGUAGGCUAAUGUCCUACAAAAACUUUCCAGCGCUAGGCCUAGGCUACUUGAUACAAGCCUAUUCACUGCAAAUGAGCGCGCUCCGCGGCACAUCAAAAUCAUACUACACAACAGCCUACUCCGGUUGUAAAGUGGUGCCAUGAAAUCAAUAUUAUUAUUUUUUUAUUUUAUUUCACCUUUAUUUAACCAGGUAAGCCAGUUGAGAACAGGUUCUCAUUUACAACUGCGACCUGGCCAAGAUAAAGCAAAGCAGUGCAAUAAAAACAACACAGAGUUACAUAUGGGGUAAAAAACAUAGUCAAAAAUACAACAGAAAAUAUAUAUACAGUGUGUGCAAAUGUAGCAAGUUAUGGAGGUAAGGCAAUAAAUAGGCUAUAGUGCAGAAUAAUUACAAUAGUAUUAACACUGGAAUGCUAGAUGUGCAAGAGAUUAUGUGCAAAUAGAGAUACUGGUGUGCAAAGAGCAAAAUAAAUAACAAUAUAGGGAUGAGGUAGUUGGGUGGGCUAAUUUCAGAUGGGCUGUGUACAGGUGCAGUGAUCGGUAAGGUGCUCUGACAACUGAUGCUUAAAGUUAUGAGGUGAGGAAUGUAUUAUAUACUCUCAGAAAGCUGUUACUCUCCUCUCUGUAACUAGAACAACAGUAGUUGCUUUUUUAAAAGUUGUAUUUUUUCCCGCAAUAGCAUUUUGAGCAAUGGUCAUACAAUGCCUUCAGAAAGCAUUCACACCCCUUCACAUUUUUCACAUUUUGUUACAGCCUGAAUUUAAAAUGGAUUAAUUUGGGAUUUUGUGUCACUUGCCUACACACAAUACCCCAUAAUGUCAAAGUGGAAUUAUGCUUUUCUAAAGUUAUACAAAUUUUAUAAAAAAUGAAAAGCUGAAAUGUCUUGAGUCAAUAAAUAUUCAACCCCUUUAUGGCAAGCCUAAAUAAGUUCAGGACCAAACAUUUCCUUAACAAGUCACACAAGUUGCAUGAACUCAUUCUGUCUGCAAUAAUAGUGUUUACCAUGAUUUUUGAAUGACUACCUCAUCUCUGUACCCCACAUGUACAAUUAUCUGUAAGGUCCCUCAGUUGAGCAGUGAAUUUCAAACACAGAUUCAACCACAAAGACCAGGGAGGCUUUCCAAUGUAGAUGGGUGAAAAUAAGAAAAGCAGACAUUGAAUAUCCCUUUGAGCAUAGUGAAGUUAUUAAUUACACUUUGGAUGGUGUAUCAAUACACCCAGUCACUACAACGAUACAGGCGUCCUUCCUAACUAAGUUGCCAAUGGUGACUUUAAAACAGUUACUGAGUUUUAUGGCUGUGAUAGAAAACUGAGGAUGGAUAAACAACAUUGUAGUUACUUCACAAUACUAACCUAAAUGACAGAGUGAAAAGAAGGAAGCCUGUACAGAAUCAAAAUAUUCCAAAACGUGCAUCUUGUUUGCAAAAAGGCACUAAAGUAAUACUGCAAAAAAUGUGGCAAAGCAAUUUACUUUUUGUCCUGAAUACAAAGUGUUAUGUUUGGGGAAAUCUGUUACAGCACAUUACUGAGUACCACUCCAUAUUUUCCAGCAUAGUGGUGGCUGCAUCAUGUUAUGGGUAUGCUUGUAAUCGUUAAGGACUGGGGAGUUUUUCAAGAUAAAGAAACGGAAUGGAGCUAAGCACAGGCAAAAUCCUAGAGAAAGACCUGGUUCAGUCUGCUUUCCACCAGACAUUGGGAGAUGAAUUCACCUUUCAGCUGGACAAUAACCUAAAACACAUGGCCAAAUCUACACUGGAGUUGCUUACCAAGAAGACAGUGAAUGUUCCUGAGUGGCCAAGUUACAGUUUUGACUUAUCUGCUUCCAAAUCUAUGGCAAGACUUGAAAAUGGUUGUUUAGCAAUGAUGAACAACCAAUUUGACAGGGCUUGUAGAAUUUUGAAAAGAAUAAUGGGAAAAUGUUGCACAAUCCAGGUGUGGAAAUCUCUUAGACUUACCCAGAAAGCCAAAGGUGAUUCUAACAUGCAUUGAUUCAGGGUGUUGAAUACUUAUGUAAUCAAUUGUGUUUUGUUUUUCAUAUAUUUUUUAUUUUUUACAAAUGUUCAAAAUGUUCUUCUACGUUGACAUUUGUAUUUUGUGUUGAUCGUUGACAAAUGACAAAAUCCAUUUUGAUCCCACUUUGUAACACACCAAAAUGUGGAAAAAGUCAAGGGGUGUGAAUAACUUCUAAAGGCACUAUAUCCGUCUGCUUCUCAAAAUGCAUCUCUCCCUCGUCUGUGCGCACAGUGUGGAGAGGGAGUGAGCGUCAAAAGCCAACAGCGACAGGCAGAUACUUUCAUAGCAGGAAUCAUCAUAAUGCAUAGGCGAUUACUGUUGACCAAAUAAUAGUUCUCGAACAAUCUACAGGAACGUUGUGUAGCAAAAUCACAGAAAAUUACGAAUGUAAGCCAAAACGCUUUUGGUAAGAGGAAGGGUGCGUGUCUGUAAUUUUCAGUUUAUCGUUCUAGCUCUAGGGUGACAGACUGGUUAAUUAUUUAGUGGUUACGAGUUUAUUGCUCAUACAAGUGCUACCUGUAAUUUACUUAGGGAAUUCACUUACAAGCACUCAUAACCUUCACAUAACUGAGUAUAACCUGCCAUUGAACUCCAGUAACAUUUCAAGCGUCCCUUGAAUGUUAAAAAGCACUUGGGGCUUUGGAGCCAUAUUUGUGACAUUUAAACUCUGCAGCAAAGGAUAUCAUGUACAUUUUCCACUGAAUAUAGCAGCACUAACAGGUCUUGAUGACCUCUGUAGAAGUAUUUUUAUUUCCCCACACAAGCUAUUUCUUACUGAUUCAGUCCAAUGUCUUGGUUUUCCACAGACGCGACGGCAAGGCCCUGGAGCGUUUCCUGCAGGACUACUUUGAUGGCAAGCUGAAGCGUUACCUCAAGUCUGAGCCCAGCCCUGAGAACAACGACGGCCCCGUCAAGGUGAGUCAGCACUUGACACUGAAAUUGCAAGCGGUUAAGGGUGCUCCUAAACCGGACAAAAUGAUGCUGGGGGGGAAAAACACAGCGACUCAAUGAUUUCCAAUGAGAGCAGUGUGUUGGGGGUGGUCCUAGAUUUAUGUUGUGCAGUCGGAGAGAUGCCCCUGGUUUACUCCAUAAAAAGGCAUGUUUUUUUUUUUUCAAGGUUUGUCUGUGUAAACCAUUCUCACCAAGGCCAACCUUUUUCCUCCUCUGUUGUUCUCCAGACUGUGGUGGCUGAGAACUUUGACGCCAUUGUGAACGACGAGGAAAAGGAUGUGCUGAUUGAGUUCUACGCCCCAUGGUGCGGCCACUGCAAGAGCCUGGAGCCCAAGUGGAAAGAACUGGGAGAGAAGGUAAGGGCUACUGAUUCUAAAUCCUCUGAUGUUAUGGCCGUUCUACAUUGGCACAUGAGACUAACCCUUUCCCUCCCCUACCUCACAGCUGUCCAGUGAUCCCAACAUUGUCAUCGCAAAGAUGGACGCCACAGCCAAUGACGUCCCAUCUCAAUACGAAGUCAGGGGGUGAGUGAUACAUCUUCAAGUCGUAACUAUUUAGCAAGUGCUUGACACGUUUGACAUGUGCAAGUCCCGUCUGUUACACCCUGAUCUUCAUGCUUUUUUUCACUGUUUCAGAUUCCCCACCAUCUUCUUCGCACCAGCUGGACAGAAAAUGAACCCAAAGAAAUAUGAGGUUCGUCCCGAGUAUACAUAUAACAUAUAUGGCUUGGGUUAUAAUAUCUGGCUCAUGUAAGACUCAAAGGAUACUCACAUUUAGACCUUAUUGUCUCACAUUGAUGCAGCAGCUUACCUGGCUUGAUGUUUUGUUUUUUUCAGGGAGGUCGUGAGGUCAGUGACUUAAUCUCCUAUCUGAAGAGGGAGGCCACCAACCCACUGGUGGCUCAGGAAGAGAAGUCCAAGAUUGAGCUAUAGAAGCUCAACUGGAGCCAACAUUCAAGGGGGGAAACACUGACAGAACUCAAUUAUAUUCCAAUCUUUAGUGAACUACAGAAUGCUCUGAACCCUCCCUUGGGUACUGCUGCUCUGGGAACACUGGGAGGUGGUGGCCAGGGCCUGCCUGAUUUUAAAUGUAUGGAAAGAGGGACAGUUUUGAAAUGGAGAUUAUUUCCCCUGGUCUGUACCUCCGAUUGAUGCACUUUGGUUUGAGACCAAUUUCCAGUCAUCUAUUGCUUAGUUUUUUCAGAAAGCGGGGUGGUUAUGGUGAAAUCAUAUUUUUUUGUUAUUACCUUUUUUCUUUUUUUUCACCGCGUUUUUGUACAUUUGAAAGGAUCGGGAAUAAAAGGCCCACAAAACCAACUACAUGUUUUUAUUUUAAUUGGUGGAGAAAUGUUUGUUUUGAGUCCGGGGUGUAUAGAACAUGAUCAGGCUGUGUAUGACCCUAGUAGUAGAAUAGA